GCAUUGAGGUAUAUUCGCUUAAACGACAACUCAAUUUCGUAGCUGGUUUUUGAUGUUUUCUCCACUAACCUCAUCGAUCCAUCUAAAUCAUCAUAGUUGUUGAAUUUGUUCUCUUCUAGCGCAAUGAAGUUGAAUACAGAUUAGGGUAUCGUCAGAUUCGAUUUCGUGAAUCAAUUUCUCGAAUUUCAGUUUUUUUCAGUUACUUAAAUGAAUAAGCUUUUGGCAGGGACAUAAGGAGGUUUCUUGUGUGAUCUGCGAUGAUGUAUCAGGCCAUUCCCACGGCGACGACCUCUCGUGGAGGAACUCCAACAGAGAGUGGUGAUUACGUGGUGACUUUGGAUCAAAUUCCACGGUGGAGUGAUGUUGAGCAGAGGUCAUCUUUGGAGGGUGAAACAGGUGAUCCUGAACAUUCUAAUCCGCGUUACGCCAAUCCAUUAGCUUCAUCUUCCGAAGCAGGAAGUAGUGGGAAUGGGAUGGUAUCUAAGUUUCCUGUUGAUCACGAGAUAAACUCCAGAAUAUACCUGUGGAGAGGGGAACCAUGGAACCUUGAGGUUGAUGCUGUUGUGAAUUCGACAAAUGAGAACUUGGAUGAGGCACAUAGCAGUCCUGGUCUACAUGUGGCUGCUGGUCCUGGACUUGCAGAACAAUGUGCUACGUUGGGUGGAUGCAGGACAGGGAUGGCCAAAGUAACAAAUGCCUAUGAUCUGCCAGCGAGGAGGGUUAUCCAUACAGUAGGACCCAAGUAUGCAGUAAAGUAUCAUACAGCUGCCGAGAAUGCUCUAAGUCAUUGCUAUAGAUCUUGUCUGGAGCUUCUCAUAGAUAGUGGGCUUCAAAGUAUCGCUAUGGGCUGUAUAUACACAGAAGCCAAAAACUAUCCCCGAGAACCAGCUGCUCAUGUUGCCAUAAGAACUGUACGCCGCUUUCUAGAGAAGCAAAAGGAUAAAAUUAGUGCUGUUGUUUUCUGCACCACCACAUCCUCAGAUACGGAGAUAUACAAAAGAUUACUUCCACUUUACUUUCCUCGAGAUGAACAUGAGGAAGAGGUUGCCAUAUCAAAGCUCCCGGCUGAUGUUGGCGAUGAAAAUGGUGAGACGGUUAUAGACGAACGUAAAAUCAGAAUACAGGCUCUGCCAAAUAAACCUCCACCUAGAUCUUUUCCAACUCCACUUGAGCGCCCUUCUACUGAUCUUACUUUGUUACGCAGGAACUCGAAUCAUCUUGAUUCGUAUUUGGAUCCAGCCUUCAUGUCCUUGAUUAAAGAUCCAGAUGAAAGGCGCAAAGAACAAUGGGAGAAGACUGCACAAGCACAAAGUGGAUUCAACUUUGUUAAAUUACUAGGAUUUGGUGAUCUAGGAGGACCCCCUCUGUCUGCGGCAGAGGAAUACUCACUUCAUUCACGAUACCUAGCGAAAGCUAAUUCUCUCAACCUUUCUGAAAUUGCAGAGAUGAAAAUUGUCUACCGCGGAGGUGUUGACACCGAGGGUCAUCCUGUAAUGGUUGUUGUAGGAGCUCACUUUUUACUGCGAUGUCUGGAUCUUGAGCGUUUUGUGCUUUAUGUUAUAAAGGAAUUUGAACCUGUGAUACAAAAGCCUUACUCGAUUGUCUAUUUCCAUUCUGCAGCAUCUUUACAAGUCCAACCAGAUUUAGGAUGGAUGAAAAGAUUACAACAAAUACUUGGUCGCAAACACCAACGUAACCUUCAGGCAAUCUAUGUUCUUCAUCCAACUUUCCACUUGAAGGCUACAGUCUUAGCUAUGCAAUUGUUUGUUGAUAAUGUGGUCUGGAAGAAAGUUGUAUAUGCAGACCGACUUCUGCAACUGUUCAGAUAUGUUCCUCGUGAGCAGCUGACAAUCCCAGACUUUGUUUUCCAGCAUGAUCUCGAAGUUAACGGAGGAAAAGGUCUAAUCGUUGAUCCAAGAACAAAAUACGUCUAUCAACGCCCAUGAACCAAAACCUCGUCCCAAAAUCAAGAACAGUUUACUUUACUCAGUAGUUUAUUUGUAUGUGUUCUUGUGCAAUAUUUCUUCAUUCUUUCAUGUUUAUCUCCUCAGAUGUUAGCUACCCUUUUUGUGUUGAUGAUGAUACUGGGAGCAAAAUAAAGUCUUCCUCUAAUGUAAUCUACGUUUGAAUCUUGUUUAUAAAUCCAUUUUCUCA